UACUCCUCUCCACAUGUAGAUGGCUAAAGCAAUGUCACAUAGAGGCAAAAGGUGUGGUGCAUAAGGAGACAAUGAGGUAUGAGAUCAUGUCACCUAAAGCUGAACAAACCAGCUUCAAGUUUGAUAAAAUAACUUGAAAACAGAAAAACUGUUAUUAUUGUUGACUACACCCUUUCUUCACACCUUUGUAAAGAGAACAUACCUAAGAUGAGGACAGGACAAAAAGUUUGAAAUAUGACCAACAGGGUGUGUGUUGUGGGUGGAGACACGUUUCGGUGGAAUUUAGGUGUCACACAUUCCCUGACAAGAGUGUCUCAAAUCAGGCAUUGCCCGAGCGAGCAACACAUCUGUGAUCAGCAACAGGUAAGCCAGUUUGUUCCUGUGCUCUCUUUGGAUUUUACUCUGUGACUCAACUGACAUAAAACUGUGCAUCUUUGAUUAUUAUAGGCACUAUCUGUUAACAGCAUACUGAACUGCUCCACUACAUUGUGAUACAGAUCUACAGUUUACACUUCUUUACACUUCUUGUGCUGUCACAGCCUUUACGAGCAACAACAUGAGUGAAUCAGCAGAGGCUUUGGCAGCUAACCAAACAAGCCGAAGAAAUGUCACCAUCGAGAUCACCAACCUCACCAAUAACUACUGCCUGAUUGACCCCAAGGUUUUCUUGGAGAGUGGAUGCUGCCAUAGUCCACCCCAGCCCACCGUGCGCCCACUGAAAACCGAGGUGUGCAACUUCAGCAAGACCAGCGCCAAAGCAUGCGGCACAGUUGGCGUUAUGACCUACGACCUCUUUGAGAGGACAAGCAACUCCGCUAAAGAGACAGUAGCAAUAAUGUUCUCUGUGCCCUACGACUAUAACAUGUACAAGAACUGGUUUGCCGUGGGGAUCUAUGAGAAGGGCAAAGAGUGCAAUGAGAGUCUAUACAAAGAGAUGUAUUACAACAAAGAGCAGAAGGGUUUCAUUCGAGAGGAGUGCCAUGGCAGCGGGAUCACGUUUGAGGGCAAGCAGCUUGACAUCAAGGCCACCAUGUCCCCGAUGGGCAGGGCCAUUAUGAAGGUGGAGCUGUGGGACAAGCUUUUUGCCCCCAUGACACAACGCCCUUACUGAGCUGUUAAUAGCAGAUUCAUCUUUGUCAACAUAAUCCUGUUUAACACACCGGUGUGUAGUGUUGAUAUGUUUCUCUCUCUGUACACUUGUGCCUUUGUGUCAUCUGUUCAUUGAAUAAAUCCUUAACAAGUGUGAUAUGACAAAGUGUGUCUUAGUGAUCAUUACAACAAAUAAAUGUCUUGGCAAAGCUUCAGAACAGCCGAGAUCAACUCAUGGAUCAAGGUAAUGUUUGUCUAAAUGAAUCGACUGCAAUUUAUUAACUUCUAUUCUUGAUUUCAACCACAAAUAUAGGUUUUAUUCACUUUCUAGUUGUUCAUACUCCACAACCAGCUCCUUAUGCAAAUUAUUGACUUUUAUUCUUGAUUUGAACCAUAAAUAUAUUUUCUACUCACUUUCUACUUGUUUACACUCCACAACCAGUACCUUAUGCAAAUUAUCGCAAUAGAAAAUAAACUUAAGUGAGGUUUCUGUUUUUUAUAUGAAUCUAAAUAAAGAUCAUUGACAUUAACUAGUGAAUCAUAAGAUAAAAGAAAUUCUUAUAAAAGAUAUUACAAGACAGUGAGGUCUGGCGUUUCUCUGAAGAAGCAACAAGGACACCACCUAGUGGUCAAAAGUAUUUGGUGCAUGUAUGGCUGGAAAUCUGCAGCUGAUCGAUUUUCAAACAAUGACAGUAUAUUAUAAAAUGAGAACCAUUAUAUCUAUAUUCUUACAAGGCAAAUUUCGAGACUAACACGAUUAACUCUACUCAAACAUCCAUUUCUUCUCUAUAUGUGUGGAUUCAUAGAUCCUUUUUCUGUGUGUGAUUAAGCUGAGACAUUUUUCUCUGCACGUCUGUGUUGCUUCUCCACAGUGCUGUCUGUUCUAGGUCAACUGUAGU